UACACACUGUGAUAGAACAGGGAUUGUGCUCCUUUUUAACAGAUGACAUGCACAAGACAUCCUCACUCCAAAUUGGAUAAGACCACUUUUUGUUAGUGAAUUAAAUGUUGCUUCUGUUUGAGAGAGAGAGGGUGAGAGAGAGAGAGAAAGAGAAAGAGAGAUGCUCUACCAUAUGAAAGGGACAUAUGACAACAUUUUAAAAAACUGAUAAUACGCCUGUCCUUUACAACCAUUUCAUUUGAUAUGACUCCUCAAGUAUGGAUGUUUAAACAUAUAGAUCUAGGUAUAUGCGUAUAACCAAGGAUACUGUACCAUACAAGAAUUUCAUGACAACAUACACUGGAGAUGCUAAGCAGGAUAGGCUACAAGACGUGACCUGUCUCAAAUCAAACUUGCAAGCGCACCUAUACUGCUGAGCUCAUUCAUGACUGCGCGAUUGACGAGCAGAUCCGUUUCCAGCGGGACAGGAGGACAAGUGACUCGUCCUGCUGCAGUUCCUACCAUGUGUAGGCUACUCCUGAUCAGACAAUAUUUCGCUGUAAAUUCCUGGUAAAACCUUACGUCGAAGCCCCGCCUCGACUGUGCUGCUGAACGGGAUAACAAACUAAGGGAGAUAGGCAGGACGCAACAGCAUGAGACCGACAGAAGUUUAUUUACAACCCAUGGAACCGAUCAUCUGCAGACACUCGACUCGCUUGUUGCCAGCUACUCGGCAAGCUCCGGACCAGCUCGUUUGUCAUUCACUGUAGAAGAUUUGACUGUUUCGGUGGUGCCUUUCCAGCAAUAACAGGGAGAACAGCGUCCGACAAUACCUCCAGCGGGACACGGAGCUAAUACACUUUCCAAACAAGGCUACAAGAUGAUGUUGUCGACGGAUAAGACGUUCCCAGUCGCAUGCAGUUGGUGCCUUUGGACAUUACUGUCCCUAUGUUACGGGCUAGAGUUCCGCUAUCAUAAUUCAGCCGAGGUGGAGAAAUACCUGAGAGAAGUCACUAGAAACUAUCCCAGUUUCACAUACCGUUACAACAUUGGCAGAUCCGUGGAAGGAAGACAUCUCUGGGUGCUUGUCCUUGGGAAGUCUCCGAAAGAACACAAUGUUGGGAUUCCAGAGUUCAAAUACGUUGGCAACAUGCAUGGAAAUGAGGUGGUGGGGCGUGUGCUAUUGCUCCAGCUGAUCGACUACCUGACGAAAGGUUACCAUAACAACCCAUUUGUGACGCGCCUCCUGGACAGCACGCGGGUUCACAUCCUGCCCUCGAUGAACCCCGACGGCUUCGAGUCCUCCUCCCGCGACUGCAUGGCCGGCUUCGGAAGGUACAACAGCAACGGCGUGGACCUCAACCGGAACUUUCCGGAUAUCUUCUCGGGGGAGGACGAGGAGAGACGCGAGUUUGAGGUCCUGGCAAUCAUGGACUGGAUGAAGCAGGAGAGGUUCGUGUUGUCGGCCAACCUGCAUGGAGGGGCUGUGGUGGCCAGCUAUCCCUAUGACAACAGCAACAGAGGAGGUGAACUACAGGAGGGUGCCAGCGUCUCCCCUGACAACGACGUCUUCAUCCACCUGGCUAAGACGUACUCAUAUAGCCACACGCAGAUGCACCGGGGCAACGCCUGCUCUGACUCUAACUUCCCCCACGGCAUCACCAACGGGUACCAGUGGUACGCAUUGCCAGGUGGGAUGCAGGACUAUAACUACGUGUGGCAGCAGUGUCUGGAGAUCACCCUGGAGUUGUCCUGCUGCAAGUUCCCCCCCGAGCGAGAGCUGCCCGGCUUCUGGGAGGCCAAUCGACCCGCGCUGCUGGCCUACAUGCAGCAGGUGCACCUGGGUGUGAAAGGCCAGGUGCUGGACGCAGACGGGAACCCUGUGCAGAACGCCUUGGUGGAGGUGGAGGGCCGGAUCAACCUGUGUCCGUUCCGCAGCGGCCCCUACGGGGAAUACUACCGCCUGCUGCUGCCGGGCAACUACACCUUCAAGGUGACCUUUCCUGGACACGAGAUGCUGAUUGAGACCCUGACCGUCCCCUACGGGCCGGAAAACUUCUCCGCCUUGAAGCACAAUUUCCUUCUCGAGCGCAGCGUCAACGCCAGCACCCCUCCCACACCUACCAAGCCCUGCUCCACCAGUGGGGUGCAACCACAGGACAGCCACAGUGCCGCCCUGUUGGCCACACCCAUCAUUACACUCCUGCCCCUCCUACUCAUUUCACUGCUAAUGUGAGAUGAAGUGAAGGGCUUAAAAAUUAUUUUUUGAAAUCGUACUAUUUUUUUAUGGUAACUCACCAUUUGUCCUUCUUCCAAAACCACGUGAACCAUUUUAAGCUGAUUCAUGUUUUACAUGUUAAUGUUUAUUGAUUUGAUCACAGACACACACACACACACACACACAUUGGGCUUACUUCAGCGUUGAUGCUGAGCUAGGCAGGUGUAAGCCCAGGAUACAGGACUGAGAGGAUUUUUCAAGUGCCUCAAAAACAGAAAAAAAAAGAAAACCUUGCUCUCCAGAGUUGAGAUAAACUUUCAUCUGCAAAUGUGAGCGCAAACAGUGGCUUUUUGGAUUCAUGGCUGAUAACACAUGAUCAACACAUCAGCUGGCCCAGGCUUUCUGUGCUGAAGAAAUCGGAGGCAUUUUCUUAUCACAUGCCUUGAGAUAAGAAGCUGUCGCCUAAACAUAAACGCGACACUUGACUCGGGGAUAUGCAUCAGUGUUAAGUCAUUGAGACGAAGAAAACCCAAACAAAAAUGGAGACUCAGGAGGGAGAGAGAAUGGAGACUCUUCUCUCGCCUAUCAGCUGGAUUCCAAAAUUGCUCCACCGUCUUUUAUCGCUCCAAACAAGCCACAAUUAUGUUGGAGGUAUUUAAAAGGAAUGUGCUUUGAUUCUGAACCACAAGGUUGAGAAAACAGAGGUCAUACAUUCCAAAAGAUGUGAGUUCCCUCGUCCGUUAAGGUGUAAUGCCAGAAAAACAAAAACAUUUGACCCUGGGAUGGCACACAAACAGAAGGCUAAUAUUGGUAAAAGCAAUAAUGUCACUCUGUCUUAAUCCACUAGAGGCAGCACUUGAGUCUUAAAUGGGCUUUUGAGACAUCGAAAAAAGACAUGCAUUUUUAAUUGGUCAUAUACUCCCUACAUGUUAGACCACACAGAUUGCAACAAAACAUGUCAAUCUGCCUUAACCCUGGCAGGGACACACACCACAUUAGAUUCCUGCUUCCGAGGCAUAACCUUGACACUUACAGUAUAGUACACCACAAGGCAAGCUACUGUUCAGUACAGGAACCUAAAUCUCGUUCCAGCCCCAAACCCAUGUUUUCUCACUGCUCAUGGAGAAGAAGACCAUGCCAGCAGCAAGUCCUCUAAAAACUUUAGACUGUUUGAGUAUUAAAACAAAGUUAAAUGCCAACAA